GUCCUGCUGCUGCCGCCGAGGGACGCACUGCUGCGCCGUGUGCAAGCGCGGCAGGCGGCAGGGGCCCACUUCAUGCCGGCGGCGUUGCUGGACAGCCAGCUGGCAACCCUGGAGAUGGGAGCACCCUCCGAUUGGCUGAUUGUUAUUGACGAUGACAGGCCGCCAGAGGCGGCGGCGGCUGCGGUGGCGGCUGCAUGGGCAGCCCAGAGGAUACGUGCAAGCCCUCUCAUGGCUGAAUGA